AUGUGCCGGAAGACCGUUACCCAUCACAUGCAUCAUGAUGUGCGACAACUCAUGAUAACCAAUCUAGAGCAUCAGGGUCAUACUGUUUACGCUAACCCUCUGCAUACAGUAUUUCAUCAGUGUGAGAUAGAUACCCCACUGCCGAAGCAGUGGCUCCUUAACAACCCCUUUCCCACGUGCGAAUACCAUAGUUGUUGUCUAGUUUCUAAAAAGGUUCGUUACUGCACCGAUUUCAUCAAUGAGUUACUAGAAACUUCCUCUUCAGAAGAUGGUUUCGAGCCUGAACCCGAGUACUGUCCAUAUUUCAUACAAGAGCACCGGCAUAAACGUCUAGAAUACCUUGGCCACCCCGAGUCUUACCCUAAGGGCUGCCCGGCAACUUGGCAAGAGGGCGUAAAGGAACUUGAGAGGAUCUCGCUUCCUUACUUCCGGCAAAACAGGAAGAAGUUCUUUGGGUUUGUGACUGCGCUGUUUCUCUCGUGCGAGGAAUAUUACCAACAAGAGAAAGACGCCGAGACGCUUUUUCUGGCCUACCGCGACUUUGUUAAUAACUUGCCGCGAGGCGAUCCUCGGAUAGCCAUCGCGGAAGUUAGUGUACUUAAUAUCCAGAACAAGCUCAUUCAGAAGAAGAAGGAGUUGUUUUCUAGAAUGAUUUGGGCGAUGGGUCGGGAUGUCGAGAAGUAUUCGCGGGGCUUCAUACCUAUAUGGUGGUUACGUAUGUGGGCUUUGCAGCAGCAAAAGGAGGAGGAAGAACAAAGUGAUGAUUACUCAAGUGAUUCCGAUUACUCGAGUAAUUUUAAUAUUUAA